AUGAUGGUGAGUUCCGCCCCUUGCCCAAAAUCCAUCCCCGUCCUCAUCCCCAUUGCCUUUUCUGUUGGCAUGCGAUCGGGCCUGGGAUGUCUUCGGUCAGAAAUGCUUCCCGACCCUUGCACACGUGGAUCUAUGUUUGCCGCCGUUUUUCGUUCCCACUUCCGCCACUCUGCAACGGAUACCCGAAAAGCUGCUAACAAGGACGGAACGUGCAAGACCUCAUCUCGGCCCCGCGACGAAGUUACUGGCAGUUUUAGUAGUCGACGUGGUCACGCCAGCCAACUAUCCAUCUCCGACCCGAGCCACCAUGUCACCGAAGCGAUCGGGACCCUGUACGGCGACGAAGAUGAUUCGGGCUCCGAAGGGGGGCGGCCCUUGAGCUUCAUGGACGGCUCCUCAUACCACGAGCAGAUACACAGAACGCCACAAGCAGACCCAAACGAACAAAAUCGCUACCAGCAUGCUGACGAGACGCAACGACAUCCCGCCCUACCCGUCGCGGAUCAACCGCCCAGUUCAUCCCCGGCACAUGGCGAGCAUGGCAGCCUCAGAAAAAUGCAAUCACUACCCGUUCCGCCUUCCUCGUAUGACAAUGGCUCGAAACUGCCUCCAUCCCCAACGCUAUCGCUGCGUGACGUCCAAGCCGAUUCCACAGGCUCGCAGUUCCCCUUGACUAACAUCGACAAUCCCCAAGAUAUUGCCCAGGAGCUGAGCAACUUGCAAGCCCUGAGGCGGCUGUCGAUGGACGUCGGAAACAGCAUUGAUCCGGACAUGCCUCCCAUGAGCCUCUCGGCGAUACCUGCGAUUGCCCCAAGCGGAGAUGACGACGAGAAUGAUCCUUCGAGACUGCUUUGGGUUCCGGCUCGGGUCCACCCGGAACUGGCUCCAACCGAGUUCAAAUCGUUCCUGGAGAAGCGUGUGCAAUCCAUCAAGCGGAGAUCAGGGGACUCGUGGCUUUCUGCCGAAAGCGACUUCAGCCAUGCCAGCACUGGCUCCGGUUUGACGCGGCAAAAAUCCAUGCUGUCACGCCAGAUCGACAAUUCUGGCGGACGAGGCGGUGUUGGCUAUGUUGACGGUGCCGAGCGGCUAGAGAGGCAACGCUGUGGUGCGGGUCGUCAUGGUUCAGAAUUGAGUCUCGAAGAGCUGGUCCGAGAUCCAACAGGUGCCGUCCAGAGGCUCGCGCAAGAAUCGCAGGACGCUCCCGCCGGCAUGGAGGGCGGCGACGACGACAUGCCUAUCCUCCCGAUGGCCCCUGGCGUCGGCCUCCGGCGAUCCACCCGAACCACAUACCGCAAGGGUGGCAGCUUGCGCUCUGGCGACAGAGGUUCACUCUCCAAGCGACUCGCGCAGCGGCACCAGGAAAGCGAAUCGCCCGAUGGCACCAGUGAACGGGCGCCGGAAGCAUCCAGCGAUUCGCCUUUGAGGGCAAACUACUCCCGUCCGUCGCGACCUGUUUGGAGACAGAAUUCCUUCACGACCGAAUCGCCUGAAACAUUGUCCAGUUCUGACGACCCUCCGGAGCAUGGUGCCGAGUCGCAGGCGGCAUCAUCGCCGCAGGCGCAACAGGAUCAGCCGUAUGCUCGAGCUUCCUCGACAUCCUCCAACGCGGCCAGCAUGGAGCCUGCAAUGCCCCAAGAGCGCAUUGCACGACUGGAUAACCAUUAUAAUAGGUCAUUCCCCCAGAGAUCAUCGUCGCAAAGUUCCGGGCAGCAACAGGACCACCAACCUGAGAUAGUCAUCGACGAGGCUCCUUCCAGGUCAACGGCGCGCCCGGCCCUGGCCAACAGCAAAACCCAAUACACUUCCAAGUCGUCCCCUUCUGUGCCCACGCAGUCACUUCACGACGCACUCGCAUCACCUUCGUCCCUGGCUGGAGGAGAUGCCUCUCGCACCGACAGCCUCACCUUCAUCCCCACGCUGGCCCAAGCUGAGAAGAAGCCUGAGAAGAAGUCCAAGAAAGAUCGCGACGAUGAUUCGCCCGGUACACUCAGCAGGUCAGGGAGCGCCUGGAAGUGGCUAAAAGGCGUUGCCGAUGACAGAGACAAGAAGAAGGAGGAGAGCAGAAAGUCCAAGUCAAAGGCGCUCGCGGAAAAAUCGCAAGACAACGCCAGGCUGGAUGUCAUUCAGACGUCGAUUGACAAAACGAACGGCAAGGGUCGCGAAAGCCUCGUCUUGGACCGGGAUAGCAUUGAAGGAAGACCAGCCGACGAGCGGAAGAAGGAAGGCAGCCGCAAGAGCGACAGCAAGAAGGACAAGGAUGGUAGCAUCUUCUCGUCCAUCUUUGGAAGCAAGAAGAAGGAAGAGAAGGAUAAGGCCAACAAGAAGUCUCAGCAUCUGCAAGUCCCCGAUGAGCCCGCAUACAAACCUUUGCGGCCGGAUGUGGACUACAGCUGGACUCGGUUCCCGCUCAUGGAGGAGAGGGCGAUUUAUCGGAUGGCCCACAUCAAGCUGGCCAACCCACGCCGGCCACUUCUCAGCCAGGUUCUGCUGAGCAACUUCAUGUACAGCUACCUGGCCAUUGUUCAGGCAAUGCACCCGCAGAUGAACGUGCCUACUUCGCCCCAACAGAAGCGGCUGGAGGAAGAGGCUCGGCGCAAGCGGCAGGAGCAGGCCUACGCGUCGCAGCAGCGCGAGGACGAGCAGUCCGAGCACAGCCUUGACCAGUACAACUAUAACUACCAUAGAGCUGCCGUUCAGUACGCCGACGCCGGUCCAGAUGACCAGGUGGAGUACGUCGACGAUGCUCAGAUCUACGAGGAUGAACAUGGAAACAGCAAUCGCGAGGAGUACGGGUACGGGGGCUACGGCCACGACGUGAAGGACUACUAUCAUUUCAACGACAUUGGAGACGACAACCAGCGCCACGACGGUGAAAGUGACAUGUGGUGA